AUGUCCGAUAAUAAGCAAAUGCAAAAUACCGAAAAUACAAAUGAAUGGAUUAAUUGGAUUGAAGAAGCUAUUGAUAAAGAACAUUUAAAUCAUUAUGAAUACAACCAAUUUACUAAUAUUCAAGAAAUUGGUUCUGGAGGUUUCGGAAAAGUGUACCGUGCAAAUUGGAAAAAUACAAAAAAACAAUUAGCAUUAAAAACUUUUUUUAAUCUUAAUCAUGUCACCAUGAAAGAAAUCGUUUGUGAGUUAAAAAUUCAACGUAAAGUUGAUUUCCACGAUAAUAUUAUUCGCUGCCAUGGAAUAACAAAAUUUGAAUCAGACAAUCAAAUUGGUAAUAAUAAUUAUAUAAUGGUAAUGGAAUACGCCGACGGUGGUAGUCUUCGAAAUUAUUUGGAAAAAAACUUUAAUAGGCUCACAUGGGACGAUAAAUUAGAUAUGGCAUACCAAUUAGCUUACGCUGUAUCAUGCUUGCAUAAUGAAGGGAUCAUCCAUCGUGACUUGCAUUCCGGCAAUAUAUUAGUUCAUCAAAACAUGAUCAAAUUGGCAGAUUUUGGGUUAUCAAAAAGAAUUGGAGCAUCAUCCAAUUUCCAAUCUAAAUUAUUUGGGAUGGUUCCCUAUAUUGAUCCGAAAAGCUUUAGUAGACGAAGAAAUAAUAAUAACCAAAUUUUUUCAUUAAAUGAAAAAAGCGAUGUUUACAGUGUUGGCGUAUUAUUAUGGGAAAUAUCCAGUGGCCAACCUCCUUUUUAUGUUGAAGGUGAAGAAUAUGAUGUUAGUUUAAUUUUGGAAAUUUCACAAGGCCUUAGAGAAACGGUUGUUUCUGACACGCCCGAAGAAUAUGUAAAACUUUAUACUAAAUGUUGGGACGGUGAGCCAGAUAAUCGUCCUACUAUAUAUCAAGUAGUUGAUUUGUUAAAAGCAAUAAUUACAAAAACAGAUAUAAUUACGGAAAAUCCUCCAUUAUUGAAUGAGCAAGAAUUUAGCGAGAUCCAUUUAAAUACCAAUAAUUCGGAAUCACAAGGAAAAUUAUCCCAACUUAUUCAAAAUUUUAAUAAAAUGGACACAAAAGAAAUUGAUAAUAUAGUAGUAUCAAAUAAGCAAGAGAAAUUUUCAACUGAAAAAGAUUUUAACAUAGUAGUUGAUAAAAUAAAUGAUUUAAUUUAUAAAUCCUAUGAUAAAGGAAUUGAAGGGGAAUUAGCAAAAGAGCAAGUUAUUGAAUAUUUUAACAAUUAUAAUAUAAAUUCACAAGAAAUUUAUAAUUGGUUAUUAAAUAAUCAAGUUAAUUCAAAUUCCAUUUUUUUACUUGGAUAUUUUUAUUAUUAUAGAAUUGAGACUAGUGAAAAUAAUGAGAAAGCAUUUAAUUUAUUUAUCAAUGCAUCAGAAAACAAUCAUAUAUUAGCACAAUCUUUUGUUGGUGAAUGUUAUCAAUAUGGUUAUGGAACUAUAAAAAAUGAUAAACUAGCUUUUGAACAUUUUGAAAAAGUGGCUAAUAAAAAUUUCACAUAUGGAAAAUUUAAAAUUGGUUCUUAUUAUAUGGAAGGAAUAGGUAUUAAAAAAGACUUAAAAAAGGGUAUUUAUUGGUAUGAAAUAGCUGCAAAUAAUGGAAAUAUGAUUUCCAUACAUGAUUUAGGUAUUUUUUAUUUAUAUGGAAUUGGUGUUGAAAAAGAUUUUAAUAAAGCUUUUGAAUUAUUUAAACAAUCAGCUGAAGGAGGAAAUUUAAUUGGAAUGAUUUCAUUAGGAUUUUGUUAUGAAAGAGGUAUUGGAACUAAAAUUGAUAAGCAAAAAGCAUUUGAAUUAUAUCAAAAAUCAGCAAAUCUAGGAAGUAAAAUAGCACAAUAUAAUGUUGGUAAUAUGUAUGGAAAUGGAAAUGGAAUUACAAAAGACAUAGAUAAAGCAAUUUAUUGGUAUGAAAAAUCCGCCAAACAAGGAUAUCAAGAUGCACAAAAUAAGUUAAAAAUACUUCAAAAAAAUCGAUAA